GAGUUUCAGAUCAGAAUAUCGAGUCUUACGUACUUUUUGUUGUUGUUGUUGUUAACUGACUAGAAGUUGCACCAACUGGGAAAUAUGCACAAGCGCACCAAGAUAAAGAUCGCCAUCUUCGUGCUGGUGGUGGGCAUGGCGUGCAUGUUCACGGCGGUGGUAACGGACCACUGGGCAGUGCUGAGCCCACCGGUGGUGAGGUUCAAUGAGACCUGCGAGGCGGCACACUUUGGCCUUUGGAGGCUGUGCAAGAAGCACAUCUACAUCACCGAGCAGAACUACGAGAAAGGGCAUGGCUGCGGACCAAUCAGCCUGCCUGGAGAUGAAAACUGCACUUACUUCAGGCACUUCAAUCCAGGACAAGAUGCAGAGAUUUUUGAAUACAAAACACAAAAAGAGUACAACAUUUCCGCCGCAGCCAUCUCCAUAUUCAGCCUGGCCUUUAUGAUCCUCGGAUCUCUGUGUCUGCUCGGGUCGUGCACUGGUAAAGGCAAAGGAAGGGACUACCUUCUCAAACCCGCCGGAAUGUUCUUUGCGUUCGCAGGCAUCUGCGCUUUCAUCUCGCUGGAGGUGAUGCGUCAGUCGGUGAAACGCAUGAUCGAGAGCGAGGAAACUAUUUGGAUCGCGUACUACUACGCCUGGUCAUUCGCCUGUGCCUGCUCUGGCUUCGUCCUCCUCUUCCUGGCUGGCAUCGCGCUCCUCGUCCUCUCCAUGCCUCAGAUGCCCAGGAACCCCUGGGAGACGUGCAUGGACGCCGAGCCGGAGCAAGUAGAGUGAUGCAGGCCAACCGAACGCAGCGGUGAAUCUCUUUCUUGCGGUUUUCCAGUAAAAAAAAAAAAA